AUGCACGGCAACGGCGUAAUCGGCGUGCUCCACGAGGGCCGCUACAAGUGGGAGCGCCGCGCGCCGCUCACCCCCGCGCAGUGCGCGCGCCUCCUCGCCGCUUCCGCGAACGGGACCGCCGCGGGGCGCGCGGCGCACGGUGGGCGCGCGGCCGCCGGGUCGAUUCGCAUCAUCGUGCAGCCAAGCAGCAAGCGCGUGUUCGCGGACUCUCAGUACGAGGACGUGGGAUGCGAGUUGUCUGACGACCUCUCCGAGUGCGGUCUCAUCCUGGGCGUCAAACAGCCACCGCUGGGUACGCUGCUCCCCGACCGCUCCUACACCUUCUUCUCCCACACGCACAAGGGGCAAGAGGAGAACCUCCCGCUGCUCGACGAGAUCCUCGCGAAGCGCGUGUCGCUGUACGACUACGAGCUCAUCGUGGGCGAUGACGGGCGGCGCGUGGUGGCGUUCGGGGAGUACGCGGGGCGCGCGGGCAUGAUCGACUGCCUGCGCGGACUGGGGGAACGAUACCUAAAUCUGGGCCACCACACGCCGUUCCUCUCGAUCGCGUCCGCUUACAUGUACCCCUCGCUCUCCGCCGCCAAGGCCGCCGUGGUUGCCGCGGGCGACGACAUCUCCACGCACGGCCUGCCGCCCGCGCUCGCGCCGCUCGUGUUCGUCUUCACUGGCACGGGGAAAGAGCGCGCAGGAGAUAUUCCGCCUGUCAUGUUUCAAGUGGGUGCCUCAGAGAAAACGCAUCCCCAGUCCGUCUUUCUUUGCCCCCUUCCCACCUCCUCUUCCCCGCUCCCACCCUCUCUCCAACCCCAUUUCCCUCCCUCCCCCUCCCCCCCCCCCCCCCCUCCCCCCCCUUCCCCCCCCCUUCAACCGGUGCGCGCAGUGUCGCAGGGCGCGCAGGAGAUAUUCCGCCUGCUGCCGCACCACUUUGUGAAGCCCGCGGACCUGCCGCAGCUGCUCGCGCGCAAGCCCCCCGCACAUGGUCACGGCUUGGACCCAUCACAGAAGGUGAUCUAUGCGUGUGUGGUGGAGGCGAAGGACAUGGUGGAGCCCAUCGACAAGGCGGCGCACCCCACCUUUGAUAAGGAGCAUUACUACGCGCAUCCCGACCAGUACCGCCCCAUCUUCCAUGAGACCAUUGCGCCCUAUGCCACCGUCAUCGUGAACUGCAUGUACUGGGAGCACCGCUUCCCGCGCCUGCUGUCCAACGAGCAGCUGAAAGCCCUCGCCACGGCCACGGACAGCGAGGGGAAGGCAGUGCCGAUGCGGCUGGUGGGCGUGGCGGACAUCACAUGCGACGUGGGAGGGUCCGUGGAGAGCCUCACCCACUCCACUGAGAUCGAACGCCCCUUCUUCCGCUAUGACCCCAUAAAAAACACAACCCACGACGACCUAGAAGGCCCCGGGAUAUUCUUCGUGGCAGUGGACAUUCUGCCAUCGGAGCUCCCAAAGGAGGCCACCAACCACUUCGGCCAGGCGCUCUUCCCCUUCCUGCGCCACCUCGCCUUCUCCCGCACGCCCGAGGACGCCCCGGCCGCCAUGCAGCGCGCGUGCAUCACGUACGGCGGGCACCUCUGCCCGCUCUUUGAGUACAUUCACCGCAUCGCCGCUGCGCGCAAGGCCGAGGCGGAGGCAGUCCCAUCAGACAAGAAGUACACCACUCUGCCUGAGACCGAGACUGUGCCCGAGCCUGAGCCCAAGCCCGAGCUUGCUUCCAAGUUUGUCCCAAAGAAAGGCUGUGCUAUAGACCCUUCAAUCCCUGCUGCUACCACAAUAAACCAUGCUGCCACCUGUGCUGCGACUCUAGUCAAAACCCGCGUUCACCUGGUGUCUCUGAACGGGCACCUGUUCGACCGGUUCCUGAUCAACGACGCGUUGGACGUGAUAGAGCGCGCGGGCGGCACCUUCCAGCUCGCCACGUGCCUCGUGGGGCAGUCCGUCGACUCCAGCUCCUUUGCUGAGAUCCAGGUGUCUGCCACAUCGGAGGAGCAGCUAGCAGGGAUAGUGAACGCACUUGCAGAGAUAGCGCAGAAGGCAGAGGUUCCCGAGAACCCCCUUGACUCGCACACCAACAGCCCCCGAGCCGUCUCCGCUGACGCGCUCGCUGCUAUGAAAGCCGCUGCUGCCGCUGCUCUUGACAAAGAGACUCAAUCCACUGCCGAUGCUGCUGCUGCUACUGCUGCUGCUGGUGCUGAUGCGGGUGCUGCAACGGGUGGGGAGAACGGGAAUGUGGAUGAGGGAGUGGGUUUGGGGGUGGGGGUGGAGGAGGGGAAGGAGGUGGAGUAUAAGUGGAGGGUGCUGGUGCUGGGUGCGGGGAGGAUGGUGGUGCCUGUGAUAGAUACGCUGGUGCGGUUUGGCGAUGGGGAGAGGUGGUGGGGGGAGGAGGAGGUGGGGGAGGGGGAGAAGAGGCAUGAGGCUCUGCAUGUGACUGUGGCGUCUAUGUUCCUGGAAGAGGCGGUGAAGUGCCAAUGCAUGUAUGUGCGCGACUGUGACUGUGACCUGGCGUCUAUGUUCCUGGAAGAGGCUGUGAAGGCAGUGGAGGGCUUCGAGCACACGCACCCCAUGGAGCUGGAUAUCAGCGACACUGCCAAGCUUGACGCUGCUGUUGCACAGGCCGAUGUGGUGAUCAGCAUGCUGCCACCUGCAUGCCACAUCACUGUGGCCAAUGCUUGCAUCAAGGCGAGCAAGCACCUGGUGACGGCAUCGUACGUGAGUGCACAGAUGGCACAGCUGGAUGAGCCAGCCAAGGCCAGCGGGGUCACGGUGCUCUGCGAAAUGGGGCUGGACCCUGGGAUUGACCACAUGCUGGCUAUGGACAUGAAGCAGCGCAUAGAGGCGGACGGCGGCACAAUCACGUCCUUUGUCUCUCUCUGCGGCGGCCUGCCCGCGCCCGGUGCUGCUGACAACCCCCUGGCGUACAAGUUCAGCUGGAACCCACGUGGAGCGCUGCUGGCAGGGCGGAACUCGGCUGUGUACAAGAAGGAAGGCGCUCUUGUUGCUGUUAAGGGGGAGGACCUCUUCUCCUCAGCCCAGGCCCUCCGUCUGCCGCACUUCCCUGCCUUUGCACUCGAGGUGCUGCCCAACCGGGACUCCCUCGGCUAUGCUGACUACUAUGGGCUCAGCAGCCCUGAUCGCACCGUGGCUGCUGCUGCUGAUUCUGCUGCUGCCGCUGCUGCGGUUACCGCAGAGACCAUGUUCCGUGGAACCCUGCGCUAUGAAGGUUUCUCCUCCAUAAUGGCGGGGCUGGCAUCCCUCGGUCUCUUCAACCAGGACCCCCACCCUCUCCUCUCCGUGCCUCGCGCCGCCGCCGCGGCCAUGCAAGCCGAAGCUGACCCCACCGCACCAGCCACCACCGAAGCCCCGCGCGACGACGACGACGCGCCCCUCCCGCCCUACCCCACCUAUGCUUCCUUCCUGCACGCACUGGUUACCACUGCUGGCACGGCUGAUCCUGCUGCGGCUGCUGCGGCGGCGGAGAGGUUGGUGGUGGAGGAGGAUUUGGGGAGUGCGGAGGCGGUGCCGGUGGUGCUGCUGGCGGUGCAGAAGAGGCUGGAGGAGCUCGGACUGGGGAAGGAUGCUGCUCGCGUUGUGAAUGCUGUGAGGUCAGUGGUGGUGCUGUGCGGUGCGGUGCUGAGGGGUGCUGUUGGGUGCAUUUGUAUGUGGAGGGGUGCGGUUUUGUGUGGUGGGGGGUGGGGUGGUGGUAGAAUGUUGGGAACGGAAUCCUGGCUGGGCCUGGCGGCCAAUGAGGAUGUGCCAGAUGGCACGAGCAGCUGCUUCGACCUGCUGUGCCAUCGCAUGGAGGAGAGGAUGAAGUUUGGGCCGAGUGAGAGGGACAUGGUGCUGCUGCAUCACGAGCUCGAGGCAUCGUUCCCCGAUGGGCGGGCCAAGGAGAAGCAUUCAGCCACGCUGCUGGCGUUUGGGGAGAUGGAUUCUGGAGGCGUGUCCGCCAUGGCCCGCACUGUUGGCCUGCCCGCUGCCCUCGGCGCCAUUCUUCUCCUGCAAGGCAAGGUGCAGCAGCGUGGCGUUCUCAGGCCUGUCACCAGCGACAUCUAUGCACCCUCCCUUGUUGCCCUGGCCAAGCUUGGUGUGCAUUGCAAGGAAGCAUCAGAGAAGCUUCUCUGA